AUGAUCCCGAUCUCCAGCGUGUUCUCCCAUCUUCCAUGUGCAGAUGGCUUUGAAUGCCGAAGGCCAUAUUGCAGAUACAAUCACACGGGUAAAUAACAUUUUUAUUGUUGAAUUUUUAGGAAAAAUAAAUAAAAUGAGGUCAAGUUAGACUCACAAGUGAAUAAUCUUUCUUAUUCGAUGAGAAGCAUCUUUUGGAAUCUGAAAUUCAGUAGUUUUUGAGAAAAUUUUGAGUUUCUUCUCAUGAACAGUACAAUUUUUUAGCGAUCAACACUCCUCGAAGUCCCGAACGUUCCGCAACUGAUCUCGUCAAAGAAGGACUCAUUCCACAGAAGAAAACGACUGAAAUCCCGUCAGGUCCAGUUGUAAUUCAACAGGAAACUUAUGAUGAAUACUCAUAUCAAGGUUAUUAUGCUCAAGAUGAGGAUGAAGAUGAGCCAUUUGCGCCGGCGGAGCCCAUGUACAAUCCCUACGAUCCGUUGGGAAAGAAAGCUGAGAGUCAGAAGAAAACGAAGGAACCGGUAAAGGUAAGGAUUUUUAUUAUUUUUUUUUGGAACAUAGGUAAAAUGGGCCUAUUUUUGAUGAAACUGAUUGGUAAUUUGGCGGUUUCUAGGCCAAAGCUGUCGAGUUCAGUAUGAUGGACAAACCAGCACUUCCAGUUGACCUCGGCGAGGACGAUAUUCUACUUAAUUUGAAUCCAGAAGCCAAGAAAGAAAAGGAGGUGGUCAAGACGAAGGUGCCGAAGAAACCUGAGCCUCCUCGACCAAUAAAACUCUCCGAACUGCAUACGAAACGAAGAAACAGCAAAGAAUUGAUGAAAGAAGAACAAGAAGAUGAGGUUUCGAUCAAGAAACGGAAGCUAACUCAAGAACAUUUGGAAGAAUUGGAGAAAAAGGCCAAACUUUUCGACAUGUACAUGAAGAAUCUUCAUAAAGCGGCGGAUAUUGAUGCCCAAAUCAAGGAAAUCGAAGGGCGAAGGGUAAGAAAUUUUGCGUUAUUCAUGAGAUUUUGCUUUUAGAAUCAAAUGAAACAUGAUCCAAGUUUUGUGGAUUCGCUCUUUGAAGCGGAGGUAAGUUGGUUUUGUCCGUGGCCGGAUUUUUUUUUCAAUUUUUAGCCAUCAAAGCCAAUGGUCGAAGAGAAACCCACGACUUCGUCGGCAAUUACGACUCCAAUUCUGACUGCGAACUCGAUGGGAAAACGGAUAGUAAAUGGGAAGAUCACAGCGAAAAAUCAGAUGCUAAAUCGACUAGAAUCAGCGCAAAAAGCAAAUCUGGCAAAGAAAAAUGAACCCAUCAACAUUAGUCUAAAAUUAGCGGCCGAAAAAAGAGCUGUUGGAGGGACGAAAACAGCGCCAAGUAUGAUAAAUAAAGUCGCAAAACAAUGGGCGACGGGUAAUGGAAGUAAUAGAACGGCCAGCUCUACAGUCAGCAAAGGAGAAACAAGAACAGCGCAUUCUGGAAAUGUAAGGUCUAGUGUACAGUGGGGGACCUGAUCCAGUGGCAAAAAACGUGCCAUUUUGCAUCCGGGAAGUAUCAAAAAUGUGGUAAAAUGCCUCCCUCUCCAAAUGAAAAAAAACUUUGUUUUGAAGGGCCCUCACAAAAAGAGCGGGUGCGCUUUUGAAAUCCUAGUUUUUUUCACUUGAAGAUGGAGGUAUUUUGCCACAUUUUUUGAUACUUCCCGGAUGCAAAAUGAUAUGUUUUUUUGGUCACAUCAGUACUAGACAGCUUGAAUAUCCUACUGUGAAAUUAAUGCAUACCUUAGCAACCCAUGGUUUCUUAGACAGAGAACCUACAGUGGGGGACCUGAUCCAGUGGCAAAAAAACGUGCCAUUUUGGAUCCAGGAAGUAUCCAAAAAUGUGGCAAAGUACCUCUCUCUCCAAGUGAAAAAAAACUCCGAUUUCAGCCACCCUUUUUUGAGGGAAACAGCGCGCCCUUCAAAAAGGAGCUUUUCACUUGGAGAGGAAGGUAUUUUGCCACAUUUUUUGAUACUUCCUGGAUGCAAAAUGGUACAUUUUUUGCCACUGCAUCAGGUCCCCCACUGUAAUAAAAAAUUGUCGAAUUUUUAUAUUUUUUUUAGUUGAUUACGAUGUCUUCUAAUGAGCUAUGCUUUUAGAAUGCCACGCUCUUGCCUCUGGACAUGCAUUCGUCCAAAAUUCCGGUCGCUUUCCGAACCAAGUACCUGAAAAUGUUGUACAAUGAGUUUUGCAAACAUGAUCUUCUACCCGGCCAAUGCAUUCAAAUGUCGCAACGGGAAGAGAAGGCGAUUCUGGACAAAAGCUCCACUCAAAGCGGAUAUACUUCGCUGAUGGUCGGCGUGGUCCGCGUGAUCAGAUCGGGCGGUUUUAAGUUGGACCAAACGAAUGAAAUGAAAACUUCGGUGACGGAGAUCCGGUCGCAACACACGAAGAAACGAGUGGAUGAGGAAAAAUUCUACAGGAUUUUGAAGGUAAAAAUUGUUGUUUGAGGGAAUUGGAAGGGUUUUUGGAAAUUUCGGAUAUUACUUUAGGCAAAAUUGAGGUCAGAAAGGUGAAAAAAGAAAAAUAUUCUUUUUAAAUUCGAUGUAUAUUUAGUUUUUAGACUUUUUAAGAGGAAAGGGAACAUAAAUUAGAGGAUUUGAAGUGGUUUGAGUUACUUUUUGAUAUUAUUUUAGGUAAUAAUGAGAUUAAAAGUUUGAAAAAAUGAAAAUUUGUUAGUUCAAAAUGAUGAUUUUUUUGUUUGAAAGAGUAUGAAGAGUAGAGAAAUUAGUUUAUUGUUAAUUUUCAGGAGAAAUAUUUGAUGACGGAUCAGCUUCUAAAGGAUAAUGGAUAUCCAUUAGUCGUCAAGGUAAAUGGCAAGCCAACAGUCGAAAUAAAAAGUGCUGAUGAGAAGAAAGUGAUGUUCAUUGAAGACACUGAGCUCAAGAGGACUUGCUGUAGAUGUGGCGCUGAAUACGGGUUGAAAAAGGACGGAAGUUUUGUCAAACAAGAAGACUGCGUCUUCCAUUGGAAAAGGGCCUAUAAACGGAGAAGUGAGUCGAAUUUUGAGGCAUAUUUGGGUUGAGUAUCGAUUCUAAAAUUCUACUACUUGCUAUCCAAUAAAAAUUAGCUCCAAUUAAAAAAAACUUUCAUCAAGAAAUUACCUUAUUUUGGUCAUCUGUCAACAACAAAAAGACGGAACUGGGACGAUUGGGGAAACCGAAGAGUAUUAUUUUUCUUCGAUGCAAAUGUCGAAAUUAGGAUAAUCGAGGGUGCUGAUUUCGAAAAUGACAUUAAUUUUUUUGAUUGUCACUUUUUUCCUUAAAUAUAGUACUGUAAAGUAGUACUUUUUAAAUUUUUUUCAUAAAUCCUCGAUUUAGGAGUUUUCGAUGAUGCUGAUAUACCUCGUAUUACGUAGUAUCAGAUAGUACUAUAUAGUACUGGAGGAAAAGUUAACAUGAUGAUUUUCGAAAUCAGAACCAUCGAAAACCCCUAAAUCGAGUGUUUAUGAAAAAAAUUUUAAAAUUACUACUUUACAGUACUACAGUGAGGGACCUGAUCCAAUGGCAAAAAACGUCUCAUUUUGCAUCCCUGAAGGGACCAAAACGUCUCCAAACCCUUCCCUUCUCUAAGCUAAAAACUCCGCUUUGAAAAGCGCGCCCUUUCCUUCAUUAAGAGAGCGCUAGCUCCCACUGCUUCCAACAAUAUUAGCAAUCAAAAAUCGCGCGCUUUUUUCUUUUCUUGCAUUCUCAUUCUCCGGGAAAAAACAAUAAAAUUCGGCAAAUACAGAAGGCCAAAAGAAAGAGAGAAGCGCAAAAGGGCGCGCUUUUCAAAGCGGAGUUUUUUAGCUUAGAGAAGGGAAGGGUUUGGAGACGUUUUGGUCCCUUCAGGGAUGCAAAAUGAGACGUUUUUUGCCAUUGGAUCAGGUCCCUCACUGUACUAUAAGGAAAAAAAUAACAUUCAAAAAAUGAAUGUCAUUUUCGAAAUCAACACCCUCGAUUAUCCUAAUUUCGACAUUGGCGUCGAAGAAAAAUAAUACUGUUCGGUUUCCCCAAUCGUACUUUUCCCCAAUCGUCCCAGUUCCGUCUUUUUGUUGUUGACAGAUAACUAAAAUAAGGUGAUUUCUUGAUGAAAGUUUUUUUAAUUGGAGCUGAAUUUUUAUUGGAUAGCAAGUAGUAGAAUUUUAGAAUCAAUCGGUGUUUAUUUUUUAAUUUUUAGUUUGUAAAAUACGGGGCUUCAGCAUAUGAUUUGUAUUUUUAGUCAAUAAGACUUUGGAAUCUCGCUACGCCUGUUGCGACGGAGAAUUGACCGUCAAAGGAUGCGCCAUUCAGAGUGUUCAUGUGCACGAAACGAUGAGAAAAAGCGUCCUCCAACAGUUUUGCAGGACUCCGCCACCGAUCGACAAGAACGACAGAAGGUCGAACAAGGUCUACGCAAUGGAUUGCGAGAUGGUCUUUACCACCUGGGGAAUGUCGGUGGCUAGAGUUUCAGUGGUCGAUGUGAAUGAUGAAGAAGUCCUUGAUAUAAUCAUCAAGCCGAAGGACAAGGUACUGGAUUGCAAUACCAAGUUUUCGGGAUUGACGGAAGAGAUGCUGGAGAAAGCGGAGUACGAUUUGGAUAAGGUGGGAAAUUGAAAUUUUGAUUGUUUUUGGCUAGUAUAAUAUAAUAAUUUUUUGUCCAUUUUUUAAAUUUUGGUGGUUUUAUUACUAAAUUAUGCAAUUUCAGGCCCGCAAAAAGCUUUUUGAGUUGAUAAACUCCGAAACAAUUUUGAUUGGACACAGUUUGGAAUCGGAUUUGCGUGCCCUGAGGUUGGUCCACCGCAAAGUGGUCGAUACGGCCAUAGUUUUCCCCCAUCGCCUCGGCCCCCCAUUCAAACGAGCUCUCCGCACCCUGGCCUCGGAAUAUCUGCAGAAAAUUAUCCAAGAAGACACAUCAGGGCAUUGCUCAAAAGAAGAUUCUUCAGCUUGUAUUCAACUGAUGCUCCAUAAAGUUCGAUCAGAACCUGGAUCCAAUCUCUGA